AUGUCGCUCGCGCUUUCAGAGGAAUCGUCCAACACUACACCAACUUCGGCCGGUUUCUCCUCCAAGCAUGAUGGUACCACCGACGCCAUUCUGAACAGGCGUGGCGACUUGGCCGCUUCUCCAGCGUCGGAUGCGCCAGGCCGUCGACCGUUGACGCCUCCCCUUCUGCGCCCUCCAAAUGGCCAAACUUUCGUGGGCCACGUCAAGUCCUGGGGAGACUCUGAGAUUGCAGGCUUCCUGAGCCUCUACCGGUGUGAUCAGUACACCCCUUUGUUCCAUCACAACGACAUCGAUGGUAAAGUCCUCCUCGAUCUCGACAUGUCCAGUCUCAAAGAGAUCGGUAUCACCAAGAUCGGCGAUCGUGUCAAGCUGCUCAGCGGCGUGCGCGAGCUCCGGAAACGAGCAGCCCGUGUGCCACUGCCUCCGCCACCCUUGAACAGGAGUGUUUACGUCACGAACGCAUCGGCCGAGAACAGCCCAAUCCCUCUCGAACAUGACACCAAGGGUUCGCAAGUUCCCAAAAGACUGGCCACCGCUCUCGUCUCGAAGCGACUUCAGCUUUCACGGCCACCACCGUUGAACCUCCAACGACCUGGACCGGCGACGUCACCGGAGGGUGCACUAUCAAUCGCAUCCCCGUCAUCUCGAGUUGUCACACCCAAGUCCUACCAUCCACCGAACACCUUCAAGACACCGGGACCAGCUGAUCCGAUAACAGGCAAGUCAACCCAGGAUCCGACUACGUCGCUGCGGCCCCCUCUCUCGCGGGACUAUCGACGGUCGCCUAGCCCAAACCUGGAUGAAAGUGGGAUUUCAAGCUUUGGACGAGCAGAUGCGCAGAAACAUCGUGCAGCAAUGCCCUGGCUCUCUGACUCUCCACACCGGAAUGACCCGAAAGCCAUGUCUCCGACGCAACGUUCCGUCCGCGAUGGCAAUGCACCACAUCCUUUUGCGUCCGCGCUGCGAGCAGACGGGAACAAGGCUGGCCCAGACGCCCUCCGAAGGCCUUUCUCUCGGCCAGUUCAUCUUGGAAACCAUGGAAUGUCAGCAGACCCCUCGGUACGUCCGGGUCAGCCGUCGUUGGAGGAUCUGCGUCGACACGUCGUCAAGUUUGUUAAUUCUGAGGAUGGACGCACGACAAAGCUUGACGUGUCCACAUGCACGAGUGGAGUCGAGGUUCUCGAGCGGGUUCUCAAGAAAUUUGGUAAAGGGAAUACGGGGAUGAGCAGCUUUGGGGCAGACAAUGACAACGAGAACGAUCGGCUGGAGGUUGAUGGUUGGGGCGUCUUUAUCCAGUCUGGAGGUUCAGAGGAAGAAGUUCCACUGUCGGAGUCUGCGUUGCUGGACAUUUGUCAAGGGCACCGAUCCGUUCGCGUUGGCAUGCACAAUGACCCAGCAGUGCUCAGAGAGAACGGCCUCGUGUUACGGCGCGUAUCGCACUCCGUCAAUCGCAAAAACAUGGAGAUCUUCUUUGGUGACCCACCGCCUCCACCUCGCUCUCCUCACUCGCCUCUAUACUACAGUGCCGGAGUGCCUCGGCUCGGCGAGACUCGCGAUCAGGAGUCCCCUUCAAAGGCGAUCGCCAGCAAAAAGACGAAUAGGGCCAGCACGGUGUCGAUCAUGUCCAGCCUCGGAGUCCCUGGAGCCAUGGAUCCGGCGCCGCCCACUGACUCGGCGAGGUCGUCAACGAUUGGAGCCACUUCUCGCAAGAAGAUGUACAACUUCUUCGGACACCGGCCCCCCAGCGAGCUCAUUUCCAAUCAUCUUGCCGACUACUUCCCGUCUGCUCGUAAGCGCGAUCUCGAGAAGACCGUGCGGCAAAGCAUGAUGCGUCUGUCUCAAGGCCAGGCUCAAGGCCUCGCCGUCGGUGCGGUCCACCCUGCAGCGGCUUCUAGCACAUCCCUCCACUCAGGACCGUCCGGAGUGCAGGAUGCGGCUAGCCCGAGUCGGAAGGCGCGACCUCCCUCGACGCGGACUGUCUCAUCAUCCACAACCCACGACGCCAUUCCAGAAGAGGUCGAAAUGUCUAACAAGGCAGGCGAUGCAAUGGCGUCCGCGACUGCUGAACACGCUGCUCCUGUUGACACCCACCCUCCUCUUCUACCACCUUUCGAGUCGACUGGCGAAAGCCUGGUAGAUUCUCUGCAGCAGUACUCCCCUGCACCAUCAACAGUUCGUCCGGCAUUGCGUCAGGGGAGGCGUGGUUCCUCAGGAUCCAAUCUCAGUCGCAUCAGCGUCAUCUCCUCCAUUCGGAAAAGCAAGGACAAGAGCGACACGGCGAGCCUUCUCACUGUCGACGAGAUUACUGCUGAGGUCGAGAACCGCCGAGCCAGCAUGUCCACCCUCAAUGACUCCCAAGAACACGAUCGCCCGUUCACGCCUGCCGCCUCGGAUGUCUUCCCUAGUGAAGACGACACGUCCGAUUCGAGUCCCUCGGACACCGAAUCUGAAGAGUCCUGCAACUCCACUGAUAGUGAAGAUCAUGGUCAAGGGCGUGCAAUUUCCUCUACGGGUUCGAGACAAAUCAUCAAGUGGAUCAAGGGCGCAUUGAUUGGAGCCGGAUCCUUUGGCUCUGUCUUUCUCGGAAUGGACGCCCAUUCGGGGCUUCUCAUGGCCGUCAAGCAGGUCGACUUGCCCUCUGGAGACGCGAGGAACGAGGAGAAAAAGCGCAGCACGGUACAAGCCUUGGAGAGAGAGAUAGAGCUCCUGAGGGAGCUUCAGCACGAGAAUAUUGUCCAGUACCUCGACUCUGCCACCGACGGCAACAAUCUCUACAUUUUCUUGGAGUACGUCCCGGGCGGCUCUGUGGCCGCUCUGCUGAGUAGCUACGGGGCCUUUGAGGAGGCACUUGUUCGAAACUUCUCGCGCCAAAUUCUCACGGGUCUCAACUAUCUCCACGAACGCAACAUUAUACACCGCGAUAUCAAGGGUGCAAACAUAUUGGUCGACAAUAAGGGUGGGAUCAAGAUUUCAGACUUUGGCAUCUCGAAGAAGAUGGAGAGCAGCUUGAUGGAGCGGCCGAAUCGACCAUCUCUCCAAGGCUCGGUAUUCUGGAUGGCCCCCGAAGUUGUCAAGCAGACUAGCUACACCUCCAAAGCCGACAUCUGGAGCGUUGGCUGUCUCGUGGUGGAGAUGUUGACUGGCACUCAUCCUUGGGCUGAUCUGACACAGAUGCAAGCCAUCUUUCGGAUCGGGUCACUUGCACGGCCAGCAACACCCAAUGAUAUUUCACCAGACGCCACCGACUUCCUCCGUCUUACUUUCGAAAUCAAUCACAAUGCCCGUCCGCCCGCUUCCACGUUGCUCAACCACCCGUUCAUCGCGGCGCAACCAGCCUCUACGCGAACGCCCAUCUCACUGGAGCAAGCAAACGCCACUUUGGAGGCCGUUGCCGCGACCCGAAAGCAGCCUAUGCCACCUGGUAUGGGCAUGAGCAUGGGCGGAUAA